ACUCAAGACACUCCUCCGACGCUGUCUCUCUCGCUCCCUCUUUGCUCUCGACUCUCUCUUCAUCAUCAGCGAUACUCUCAACGCUCCUCAGCACGCCGCCUCCCACAUCCUCCCUGUCGGCAUCAUCACUGCUCCCCCAUACUCAUCCCGCUUCAUCCCAACCCCCUACCAACCCCACCCUAAUUGUUGGCCACCCUACACAGCUCACAACAGCUGUCCAGCCAUCACAACAUCAGCCGUCGUCGACUUGACUUGAACCGUCUGUCUCAGGCAGCUGAAUAGGCCAUUGGGGCUAGCUGCAGGAAGCACAUAUCCACACCAUUUCAACUCGUGUACAAUGUUGCGCUAGCGCGCCCUUUCACCCCUCUCAAUUGACCCCUCGCCCCCUCCGUUCACAACAACCCUCCUCCCCCCUCCUCGACUUGAAGCCCACGGCUAUAUAACCCCUCGCGCCUCCCCCCUCCUCAUUCUCUCCUCAUCCCCUCAUCACAUCACAUCAUGAACACGCUCUCUCGCCUCGACACGCUCAUCGCCCGCCUCGCCGGGUCAGGCCCAGGCUUGAAGGGCAAGCUCGCCGCACCCCCACUCGUCCUCUCGCCGCCCUCAGAUGGCAGCGGCGACCCGGGGCCCUCAUCUCUCACCCCCACCCCCCUCGUCCCCUUCCCAUCCUCUGGUCCAUCGUCUGCGUCGUCGUCGGCGCUCGCAGCACGCCGCCUCCGCCGGCGGAGGCGCCGUGUCCCCACCGGAACUAGCAUCAAGCUCCCUCCACCAACCACACCGUUGCUCCUGCGCGUUGCGCUCGCAUUGUGGUCAAUUCUCUUGGCUUUCUGGCGCUCGCUCGUCGGAGACACCCGCGCAGUCCGUAUCCUCAGGCACAAGCGGCGCGGACUGCGCACAUGCGAGUCACCUCCUCCCGAGCCCGUUGUCGCCCCACUGCCUUCGCCUGCAUCAUCAGCGGCAUCGGAGAUUGUGCCCGUUGAUGCGACGUCGGAUGAAGGCUCUGCAUCCGAGGCUGAAUGGGUCAGCCCCGUGACGCGCGCCGAUAGCGCCGCGAGCGAUACUAGAGACGAGGCAUCAAGCGAAACAGAGCUGAAGGAUACGUUCAACUUCUCGCUCCGCUCUAGUCACAGCAAGGAGACGGUAUCGUUCCGCGGCGUGCUUGACACCAAGCUCGAUCACGAUGUCGAGGUCAAGACCAAGCCCGAGUCGGAGGCUGAUAUCGGCCCCCGACGUACCCGCCUCCUCCCCAAUCCCAUGGCGACGAGUCUGCUCGACCCAACCGUGCCCGUUGCUCCGCAGAGGCACCCGUCCCCAGCCAUUCCCGCACCAAUUGUCCCACGCCCUCCCCACCAGACGCCCUUCCAUCUGCAGAAGACGCUCAUUCUUGACCUCGACGAGACGCUUAUCCACUCGACGUCGCGGCCAAUCGGCAGCUCGCAUGCCGGCGGCGGCAUGCUUGGCAUCGGGUCCGGAUUGUUCGGGCGCCGUGGGCGCCGCGAGGGCCACACUGUCGAGGUGGUGCUCAACGGCCGCUCCACGACAUACCACGUCUACAAGCGGCCAUACGUGGACUUUUUCCUCAAGAAGGUUGCUUCUUGGUACACGCUUGUCAUCUACACGGCGAGUAUGCCAGAGUACGCAGACCCUGUCAUCGAUUGGCUCGACAACGGGCGCGGGCUGUUUGCAAAGCGGCUCUACCGCGAGAGCUGCUACCUGCAGCCGAGCGGGAGCUACAUCAAGGAUUUGGCUCUUGUCGACCCGGACCUUGGGCGCGUGUGCUUCAUGGACAACUCGCCUAUCUCGUACAGUUGGAACAAGGGUGAGUGUGGGAGGAGUGUGUGUAUCGAGCGGCGCAGGCGGGCAGGUAGGCAAGCGGUCGCCUACGCGAAAGGCGAAGAAGAUAUGGGCAUAGCAGCGGACACACACGAUGGCGAGAUAUGCCCGCGCCUCGUCAUACAUGUGACGGGACAUUAAAGUCUUAUCGCAAAAGCAAACGGGUUCACUGCGAAAGCCGCGUGACUGUCUGAGCUUGUCCAGCUUUACCUUCACCCGUCCCAAUCCCGCAUGCCGCACCCUGGCAACUUCAUAUCCAUUUAUAUCCCCACCCUCACCACCCUGCACUGCUGAUGCCAGCCAACGCGCUUCCAAUCGAGGGCUGGACGUCUGACCCGAACGACGAGGCGCUGCUUCAGAGCAUACCCGUGCUCGACAGUCUGCGCUUCGUGACAGACGUUCGCCGCAUCUUGGGCAUACGCGGGUUCAACUAGUUAGC